AUGUUUCAGGAGGUGGAAAUUAUUGGGGUGCAUUCAGACGCAGAAAGUGAGACAAAAGCAGGGAUUCUGGCCAGGGACGAGACAGGGGAGGAAGUGGUGCUCUCGCUACGGGGGAUACGCAUCCAGGAUGAGACUGGCUUCACAGAAUACGUCAGCAGGCAUCUCAAGGGGAGGGAAGUGCAAUUUGAGGCAGUGGAAGAGGAGAAUGUGCCAAACAGAAGCGUAGUCUGUCUCAAUGGAUUCGUAUUCAGCAGUGGCCUGAACAUUAAUGUGGAACUAAUCAAAUCAAAAAUAGCAGUGGUGAAAAUGAAGGAGGCAAUGGAGUAUGCUGAUUAUUUUGAGGAUGUGAUAAAGGAAGACUGA